AUGAACGUCGCUGAACUUCUCGAACAUGAACACAACACGGCUGCACCGGCGCAAAUUGACGACAUCUUUUACGUAAGUACAGUACAGUACAUACUCCUACAAUACAUUUGACGCGUCGGCUCUACGAGAAUUGGCCAUCAUGGAGGAGUUUCGAAACAAUCGCCAACCCCAACCCUCUACGAGUUCAAAAUCCGGCAGUAAAACGGCCGCCCCAGAAACAAAGCGCUCUCGCGUCGUUGUUUCGCAGUCGAAACGAGGUUGCGUGACUUGCAAGACACGCCGGGUCAAGUGUGACGAGCAAAAGCCUCUUUGUCGACGAUGCGUCCAAGCAGGUCGACUCUGUGGCGGCUACAGCCACGAAAGCCAAUUAUCUGGGGCCUUGCAACCUGCUCUGAAAAUCGGCAUCAGAACAGACAACCAUACAGAGAGGCUAAGCUAUCUUGCAGCUCAAGUGCUGUCUUUGGACAACGACGGCCGCCCGCUGCAACAGGACUGUGUCUGGGGCCGCAUAUUUGUCCAGCUCUCGAACCAAGUCGAAUGUGUUAAGGCCGCUGCUGCUGCGUUUGGCGCUGCGUAUGAAUCAUCGCUCAACAACGCCAUUGCGAAAGGAUCUUCUUCUGCCUGGCGUUACUACGGCUCGGCUCUGACAACGCUUCAGUCGGAUCUGAACAGCAAAGCUGCUGGCCGAGAGUCCUUGGCUCUGGCAUCAAUGAUCCUAGCUUGCGUUGAGAUACUCAGCCAACAUGAGCGAAAUGCAUUAACCCAUUUCCUUGGGGCCGUACAGAUCCUAACCCAGACCUAUCAGAGUUGCCAUGGAGUUCCGCCUACUGACAUUCUUGACAAGAUUAAUGACGAGCUAGUCAGAAUCAACCUCUUGAUCGGCAGCUAUGCCUUGUCCCAGACGCCGUCAGCCAUGUUCCUGGACUUUCAGGAAAUAGACAUUGGGAACGAUGCGUUUCGUGAGCCGGAGCUUGCCAUCAACACCGCGAUGCUCUGCCUUCACCGAUCGUAUCAAUUCAUUGAGUCGGCUGCCCGGCUGCGGUAUACAUAUCCUAGCUGGAAAGAGCAGGAUCCUGUCAUGUGCAAGGGUCAAUCUGACGCUGUGACCGAAUGCCGUUCGGUUCUUGAUGGCCUUACAGCUGUUGCCACGAGACUGCAAGCACGCUAUUCGGGCGCGGCGUCCACACGGCGAGAAUCCGAGGAGCUGGCAGAGAUCUAUGCCAUUCGCGCACAACUGAGGUCAACUAUAAUUUUCCUCCUGUGUGCACACAGCCCAUUCCAAACGGCAUACGAUGAACAUCUGGACGAAUUCCGAGCUGUGGUUAGCGAUGCUGCCGCGUCAGCGCGUCUGAUGCGGCGGGCGAAGCCCGGCGUUUACAAACGCUUCUCGACGCGUCCAGGCAUUGUUGGGCCCCUCUUCAUCGUGAGUAUGAAGUGCAGGGAUACGCCGCUGCGUGCUUUAGCAACGACGAUGCUCAACGAACAAGGUCGCGAGGGGCCUACCGAUGGACGAAUCAUGGCGGCAAUUGGUGCUCGACUAGCUUCUCUUGAGACAUCGGCGUGCAACACUUCUUCCCCUUGUACUACUUUAGCUGCCUGCGACGUUCUGGAAGGUCAGAGGGUCCACGGCUACGGGGUCUCCCCUCCAAGAGUGGAUGGUGAUGGCCGUUCCGUCGUUGACGUUCGUUUCAGCCGGCCAAAGGUGCCGCUCUUGCUGGGAUGGGGUCAGGUUGAUUACUCAUGCCUGGAUAACUGGACCUUCUGGUCGGAAGCUAUCGAUAUAUAGACUUGUUCAACCGCC